AGAGUCUGGAGGAACUAAAGUGACCAUAAUGGGGGAAAACCUGGGAGCAGGCAGCACCGUCAGUGUGCUUUUUGGGAACCAGACCUGCGAGUUUUAUGAACGGACUAUGACGGAGAUUGUGUGUUACUCUGCCCCUUCUCUGACGGGUGUGGGGCCGGUUCAGAUCAGCGUGAGCGUGGAUCGCGCCCAGGUCCAAGAUAGCCUGACUUUUGAGUAUAUAGACGACCCCACCGUUCAACGCAUCGAACCGGAAUGGAGCAUCGCAAGCGGACACACGCCUCUGGUGGUGACUGGGACUAACUUGGAUGUCAUUCAGGAGCCGAGGAUUCGGAUCAAGUACGGCGGGCGGGAAUCCGUAAACGUGUGUAAGGUUCUGAACAUCACGACUAUAAGCUGUUUGGCUCCCUCGCUGACAGCCGAGUACAGGCCGGGUUUGGACUCAGUCAAGCACGCAGACGAGUUUGGCUUCAUCUUUAAUAAUGUGCAAGCUCUUCUAGUAUACAACAACACUAACUUAAUGUACUACCCCAACCCUUACUUUGAGCCUCUCAGCACCAAUGGCAUGCUGGAACAGAAACCUGGCUCACCAAUCAUUUUAAAGGGUAAGAAUCUGGUUCCUUCAGCCUCUGGAGGAGUGAAGCUUAAUUACACUGUUCUGAUAGGAGAGACUCCCUGUUCUGUCACUGUAUCGGAGUCUCAACUGCUGUGCGAGCCACCAAAUCUCACCGGCCAGUACAAAAUCAUGGUGCAGGUCGGUGGUCUGCAUGUGUCCCCCGGCUCAGUAAACAUUCUCUCUGACAGCCUCCUGACUCUUCCUGCCAUUGUCAGCAUCGCUGCCGGCGGCGGCCUCCUCCUCAUCAUCGUUAUCCUUGUGCUUAUUGCCUACAAGCGUAAAUCCCGCGAGAACGACCUGACACUCAAACGACUCCAGAUGCAAAUGGACAACCUGGAGUCCAGGGUCGCGCUGGAGUGCAAAGAAGCUUUUGCAGAACUGCAGACAGACAUUAAUGAAUUGACGAGUGAUCUGGACCGGGCCGGCAUUCCCUAUCUGGAUUACCGCACAUAUGCCAUGAGAGUUUUAUUCCCCGGCAUCGAGGACCAUCCUGUGCUCAGAGAGCUGGAGGUCUCUGGUAAUGGGCAGCUGUGCGUUGAAAAAGCUCUGAAGCUGUUUGCCCAGCUGAUAAACAACAAGGUGUUUUUGUUGACAUUCAUCCGUACACUGGAAAUGCAGCGCUCCUUCUCCAUGCGUGACCGUGGCAAUGUGGCGUCGCUAAUAAUGACGGCUCUCCAGGGUCGACUGGAAUAUGCCACGGAUGUGCUCAAACACCUGCUGUCCGACCUCAUCGACAAGAACCUGGAGAGCAAGAACCAUCCCAAACUGCUGCUCAGGAGGACAGAGUCUGUUGCUGAGAAGAUGCUAACCAACUGGUUUGCUUUCCUGCUUCAUAAGUUCUUGAAGGAGUGUGCAGGUGAGCCUCUCUUCAUGCUGUACUGUGCUAUAAAACAGCAGAUGGAAAAGGGCCCAAUAGACGCCAUCACCGGAGAGGCCAGAUACUCCCUCAGUGAGGACAAACUCAUCCGGCAACAGAUUGACUACAAGACACUGAUCUUAAACUGCGUCAACCCAGAGAAUGAGAACAGCCCAGAGAUCCCGGUCAAGGUUCUGAACUGUGACACCAUCACGCAGGUCAAAGAAAAGAUUCUGGAUGCAGUGUAUAAGAACAUGCCGUAUUCUCAGAGACCCAAAGCUGUGGACAUGGACCUGGAGUGGCGUCAGGGACGACUUGCCCGAGUGGUCCUGCAGGAUGAAGACAUCACCACUAAGAUUGAAAAUGAUUGGAAGAGGCUCAACACUCUCAUGCACUAUCAGGUAUCAGACCGCUGUGUGGUUGCUUUGGUGCCCAAGCAGACGUCCUCCUACAACAUUCCACCCACAACUAGCAUCUCUCGGACUUCUAUCAGUAGAUACGACUCGACAUUCCGGUACACAGGCAGUCCGGACAGCCUGCGCUCCCGUGCUCCUAUGAUCACCCCGGACCUGGAGAGCGGAGUUAAAGUCUGGCACUUG